AUGACGACGGUUUCCCGAGGUGUCGGACUAACCAUUUUCGUGACGCUUGUCGCGUUUUUCCUGGCGUCGGUCAUCGGUCUGCUGCUGGCACUUGCCUCGCUCUCCGGCUCGAUCGUCCUGCGCCAAAGUGCAAGGUUUUACGUCGAGGUUGUGCGUGGUCUGCCGAUCAUCGUCUUGUUGCUCUAUAUCGCCUUUGUCGGCACGCCGCUGAUAGUCGCCGCCAUCAAUGCCGUUCUGGAACCGCUAGGCACCGGCACGAUGCGCACCCGCGACUUUCCCCUGCUCUGGCGCGCCAUCGUUGCCCUGAUGAUCGGAUACUCCGCAUUUAUCGCUGAAGUUUUCCGCGCCGGGAUCCAGGCUGUCGACAAGGGCCAGAUCGAGGCGGCGGAAGCGCUUGGCAUGAACAGGUGGCUUCGGUUCCGCCUGAUCAUCUUUCCCCAGGCUCUCAAGACGAUCCUGCCGCCGCUCGGCAACGACUUUGUUGCCAUGAUCAAGGACAGUUCCCUGGUUUCCGUUCUCGGCGUCGCCGACAUCACCCAGCUUGGCAAGGUCUACGCCGCCGGGUCCUUCCGCUACUUCGAAACCUACAAUGUCGUCGCACUGAUCUACCUGAUGAUGACCAUCACGCUUUCCCUUGCGCUGCGCAGGUUCGAGCGGUCAAGGGAUAUAGGGGGCCGGUAA